AUGCAUUCCCACUCGCACUCCCCACCCUCUCUCCAGACCCUCAAGUCCACCAUGACUGGCAAUGGGCUGCACGCACACAGCCAGAGCUUGGGUGUUGGGCACGCGCACGAUCACCAGCACGACCACCAACACCAACACAACCACGAUCACGAUUACGACCAUGACCACGCAUCCUACACCCAUCUCACCCACAAUCGAUCCGGCUCCCACGACAAGCCUGAAUCCUACCCUCAAUCCCGUCCCGAAAUACACUCCCACACCCACUCGAGCACCUGCUCACACUCCCACGACCAUGGGCCGAACCACAGCCACAACUCGGCGCGUGUCAUUGGCGGCCACACGUCCCACCGACCAAACUCGACGAGCUCGAUCCACCUGCGCGAGAAGGUGCCGCCGACACCGCUAUCACAGGUAGAAGGCUGGCAGACCGAGAGAACGCCUGGCGGCCGGGAGAUUAUAACCCCCAAGGUUGACUCGUUUGGGGAGAAGACGACCGAGUACCACGGCCACGAUCACGACCAUGAUCAUGGACACGACCAUAAUCACAGCCACGGACAUUCCCAUGAUCAUGCACAUGGUCAUGGACACGGCCACAGCCAUGGCCACGGUCAUUCGAACCCAUCUUUCUUCUCCAAGCUCUUGUUGCGCGUCACGCCAAGCUUCCCCUUCCUUCAUUCGAUUCUGGUCGAGAAGGACUCGCGGCGCAUCUUCUACUUUCUGUCGCUUCUCAGCGUCGAGAUAAUCGGGGAGGCGUUUGAGCGCAUGAUGGAGGGGACGCCACCAAAGAGGCUGUCCGAGCUACUCACUAUCAGCGUGCUCGGCGGCCUCGUUAACGUCGUGGGACUCGUGGCUUUCGGUCACCACCACCAUCACGGCCACGAUCACGGACACUCGCAUGGCGGAGGCUCUUGCCCCAGCAGCAAGAAAACGGACGACCACCACGACCAUGACCACAGCCACGAUCACAGCCACGACCACGACCAUGGCCACCACAACGAGAACAUGCACGGUAUCUUCCUCCACGUUCUUGCCGACCUCAUGGGCAGCGUGGCCGUGACCAUCUCAACCAUUCUGACCAUGUACACGGGCUAUACCUGGUGGGACGCCGUGGCGGGUAUUGUCGUCUCGGUGCUCAUUGUGCUGGCAGCCUGGCCGCUUCUCACCUCGUCGGCGCGCAACCUGCUCCUUAGCAUCCCUGAUCGCGUCGAGUACAGCCUGCGCAACACGCUCGCAGGUAUCACGCAGCAGCGUGGCGUCGUGAGCUACAGCGUGCCCAAGUUCUGGAUCGACGACAUCCUCACAGCCCAGGGCGGCGCCGGCGAGAAGCUGCGCGGCAUCGUGCACGUGCAGGCGGCGCGCGGGGCGGCCAUCGACGAUGUGCGCGACCGCGUCAGGGAACACCUGCUGGCGCACAAUAUCGACAUUGUCGUGCAGGUCGAGCGGGAGGGUGAGACAAACUGCUGGUGCGGCGCUGGCAGGCUGCUGUCGCCGGCGGUGGUGAGUCCGAGGGGCUUUUAG